AUGUGUCAGUCACGGGAGAGGUGGAACCUGAUUGGCUGGGGGUAACUUCGGUGGCGUGAAGGGGUAAAGAUGUCCACCGAUCUAGAUGGGAAGAAGCUGGUACGGUCCCCCAGCGGUCUCCGCAUGCUUCCCGAGAACCGGGCGCUCGGAAGUCCUUUCUGCCUGGAGGAACCCCAGUGGGUACCGGAUAAAGAGUGUCCCCGGUGUAUGCAUUGUGAAGCCAAAUUCGACUUUAUAACAAGAAAGCAUCACUGCCGAAGGUGUGGAAAAUGCUUUUGUGAUAAAUGCUGCAGUAAGAAAGUGCCUCUACCACGUAUGUGUUUUGUAGACCCUGUGCGACAAUGUGGAGAAUGUUCUGUCAUUUCACAGAAAGAGAUGGAAUUCUAUGAUCGACAGCUCAAAGUGCUGAUGAAUGGGGCUACAUUCUAUAUUACCCAGGGAUCCUCAGAGAAGUCUGAAACUGUUGUGUGUCGCCUCUCCAAUAACCACAGGUAUCUGUUUCUAGAUGGGGAGAACCAUUAUGAAAUUGAAGUUGCUAGAGUUUCCACAGUUCAGAUCCUGACUGAGGGGUUUACUCCUGGAGACAUUCAUACAUACACCAGUCUGCUGGAGAGCCAGUGCGUGAUUGAAGGAGGAAACAGUCGGGCAACAGGGAUGCUCAUUCAAUAUAAACCUCAAGGUUCUGAAGAACUAUUACAGAUGAAGUUUACAACAAGCGAAGACUUUAAUAGCAACAAAAAGAUGUCCGCAUCUUGGCUGGCUGCAAUGCACAAGGCUGCCAAGCUCCUGUAUGAAUCUCGGGACCAGUGAUGAAGAGGGAAGGAUGUGCAGUGCAGAGUUUUAUUUGUAAUUGUCAAUUCUUGAUGCAAUAUACUUGUUCCUCUUUUCACACGCUAAGUAAGACGAAGUCUUAUAGCAAGAGAUCCUCACCUUAAUCGUGCAAUAUGUAUAUUAAUGCUUCAGACUGUAAGUUCACAGGCAAGGCUGGAGAUUUUUUAUGUUAACGUUCACUAAUUCUAUAAUCCAAAUUUCCCAAAGGAUUCCCAGGGUUGCAAUAUGUACCAAUUCCCUUUUGGGCGUAAGCCCUGCCGGGACUGAAUCCCUAUUUCUAGGGAACACCCCCACCCCCCCUUAAUUUGUAUAUUUUUUUUAUUUUUUUUUGCACUUAAAGGACAAAUAUUGUAUACCCUAUGUGUUCAUAUAUACAGUGAUAUAGAAAUUAAAAUUACAGAGGGGAGAAAAGAUCCUUUUCUGAGUGACUAUAUUAGCCCACUCCUUUAUUUUGGGGUUUAGUACAGCAAGAUAUAACAUAUUUCUGAGAGAUUCCUAUCAAUACUGUCAACGCUAGGGAUUCAGUUCUGGCUGGGCUUAGGUUUAAAAGUGAAUUGGUACAAUGUUCACUACUUAGCCCUGUUUUUCCAGAAGCUUUCGUGCGGGUUGCCAUUUUCACACGUAUGAGCUUCAGCUGAACACUUCUCAGACAUCUCAAGUCACUGUUAGCAGAAGAAUGAAGACUUUCUACACUAGAUCUCAGGUUAUUUUUCUCUCUUCUACAAAAGCACUAAUCUUCUGGGCAAUACAGUGGAUGGUUUGGAGCAGUGUCAUGAGCCCUUUCUAUACGUAAAGUGUCUAAGCUUUACCUGAUACCUGCACUUGAGAGGAGCGAAGGGCACUACUUGAAGGUGGCACUGGUGGUAGAAAUGUAUCAUUGUUUUCCUUCAGCUUAUGUUCCAUAUACACUAUGGGGGCAGCCAUAUUUCAUACAUCUGUGACCUAGCGACAUCAGUAUCUGAUAUGUGGAUGUAUAUCAUUAGACCUGUGUUCCCAAAACUUGUAGCUAUCCAGUUGUUAAACUGAAGCUAAAGCAUUAGCUGUAAAGGCAUGAGGGUCCUUCAGCUGUUGCAACGCUACAACUCCCAGCAUGAUCUGACAUCCAAAGUUCCUGUGUCUGUCAAGUCAUGCUGGGGGUUGAGGUUCUACUACAGCUUGAUGCAUAUUACAUUAAAUGCUUAUAAGUUGUUUUUUGGAGGAGGAUUUGCUGUUUGAACCCUCUGCUUGUCAGUUUGGCCAAACUUAGUGCAGGUGACACUGGUGACAGAUUUCCCAUAAUUUGUUGGUACUGACAGGUAGUGCAGGUGACACUGAUGUCAAUGGUACUUACCUUGUCCUGUUCCGUGC